AUGCAGAAGAGUGUCAGUCUAUCUAAGCAUAAUUCUCUGAGACUGACAACUCAGCAGUCGCUUCGUCGACUUGGUCUUUGUUCUCAAGCGUCAACUGGACAACAAACGUCACCUGUUGUGUUCCCCGAAAAACGUAAUAGCAGAGGGAAAGCUGCAAGUACUAACAAUGAUAAUCCUAAUGAGGUUAAGGGAGAUGAACUUAGGAUUGAUGUUGGAGACGAAAAGUCUGACUUACUAGGAUAUGAAGUAUUCUCAGGAAAACUUUCUUUGGACAAAAGGAAAGCAUGUAAAGAUCUCGAGGUACAAACUUCGGAGAGUUCAAAUUCGGAUGAGGUUGAUGCUAAACUUACAAGCAAGGCACUGAUUUGGGGCUCUCAUAUACUGCGGCUAGAUGAUGUGAUUUCGCUGUCUUGCUGUGUUAGUCUUAGACAUUUUACUGUCCAUGCAUAUCCGGAUCGGAAGGGUUCGUGUCGCCUUUUCACUAAAAGUGGGAGAAGUCGGAAGGACUUUCGUUUUUUCGCCUCCACCUCAGACGAUGCCAUUCAGUGGGUCAAUGCUUUUGCAGAUCAACAGUGUUAUGUGAAUUGCUUGCCUCACCCAAUGGCUUCUAAGAAGCAGAGUUCCGAUCUGAUAUUCAACGAGUUUCCUCCUGAGUCAUAUAUAAGAAGUAAAAGUCAACCAAAAAUGCUCGUCAUUUUAAACCCUCAAUCUGGACGUGGUCGAUCAAGCAAAGUUUUUCAUGGUUUGGUUGAGCCUAUAUUCAAGCUUGCUGGAUUCGAGUUAGAAGUUGUUAAAACACAAUCUGCUGGUCAUGCUCGAAAACUUGCAGCCAGCGUUGAUUUCAGUACAUGUCCUGAUGGUAUUAUAUGCGUAGGAGGCGAUGGAAUCAUAAAUGAGGUUCGCAUGAGUUUUUCGCUCUUUUCCUUUCCUGACUUUGUCUGUUCCGUGAAUGAGGGGAAACGGCUUGGGCAGUUGGUUAUAUUUGUUGUUGCAUACAGUGACGAAUGUUUGAGCAUUAAAUUAGGAGGUCUUACUGCCUCUGAUGUUUUUGCUGUGGAGUGGAUUCAUACCGGAGCCAUUCACUUUGGGAUGACAGUUACAUACUUCGGCUUUAUAAGUGACGUCUUGGAGCUCUCAGAAAAAUAUCAAAAACGAUUUGGCCCAUUACGCUACUUCGUCGCCGGUUUCCUCAAGUUCUUAUGCUUGCCCAAGUACAGCUAUGAGCUGGAAUACCUCCCGGUCCAAACCGAAGCCCACGAAGGCCAACUCUCUGGCAAUCACAUCAUCGACAUGUCAGAGCUCUACACCGACAUAAUGCGCAGGUCUAGCAAGGAAGGCCUCCCUCGUGCCUCCAGCCUCUCGAGCAUCGACUCCAUAAUGACCCCUAGCCGCAUGUCGGGAGCUGACGUGGACACCAACGAGCCGUCAGACUAUGUACGGGCCAUCGACUCUAAAUCCAAACGCCUCUCUGCCGGCAAAAACAUAACCGGGCUCGAGCCCGAAGUCAUACACCCGGUCCUCCCUCUCUCGGCUACUCCUAACUGGCGCAGAACUCGGUCCAAGUCGAGGGCUGAAAAAGGCUGGGCCGUGUCAAAUGCUGCUAACGACCCCACCAGGUGUUCCUGGGCCACCACAACAACGUACGAUAGGGAGGACAUCUCGUCCACUUUGUCGGACCCUGGCCCGAUUUGGGAUGCCGAGCCCAAGUGGGACUCGGAGGCCCACUGGACCGUGGAGAACAACACCAUUGAGCUGCCGGGCCCACCUGAAGGGUCAGAAGGCAGUGAUAGGAAGGAGAAGGAAAGUUCAGGGAGAUCUGAGGAGAAAUGGGUGGUCACAAAGGGCCAGUUUCUUGGGGUGCUCGUUUGUAACCAUUCGUGCAAGACUGUGCAGAGUUUGAGUUCUCAGGUGGUGGCCCCAAAGGCCGAGCACGAUGACAACACUUUGGAUCUGCUGCUGGUCCGUGGGAGCGGGCGGUUUAAGCUGUUGAGGUUUUUCUUGCAUCUGCAAAGGGGAAAACACCUUUCCUUGCCGUACGUUGAAUAUAUUAAGGUUAAGUCCGUUAAGAUAAAACCUGGAAAGCACACGCACAAUGGAUGUGGCAUUGAUGGCGAACUAUUCCCAGUGAAUGGACAGGUCAUGUGCUCAUUACUUCCCGAACAGUGUAGACUAAUUGGGCGAUCUCCAUCUUCUUCUACCAAUUGA